CCUCACGGGCCUUCGUCGGCCUGGCCGCGGCGCCGGCUCCCAGGAUGCAGUGUGGAGCGGCCGGGCGCUGACGGCGGCGGUGCGGCUGCGGGCGGAGCGGCAGCAGGCCGGCCUGCGAGGAGCGCGGCGGGGAAGGUAGCGGCGGGCCCGGGCGGCGCUGCCGGCGGAGAGGACCCGGCGGCCGGGCCUGCGUGGGGCCGCGCGCCGCGGCGUCGACUUCCUCCGCGCCGGGCAGGACAGCGCAGGGCCAUGGCCGAGGCGGCCGCGGCUCCGAUUUCUCCAUGGACAAUGGCAGCUACAAUUCAGGCUAUGGAGAGGAAGAUUGAAUCACAGGCUGCUCGACUGCUUUCUCUAGAAGGUCGAACUGGGAUGGCAGAGAAGAAGCUGGCUGACUGUGAGAAGACAGCCGUGGAGUUCAGCAACCAGCUGGAGGGCAAGUGGGCCGUGCUGGGGACCCUGCUGCAGGAGUACGGGCUUCUGCAGCGGCGGCUGGAGAACGUGGAGAACCUGCUGCGCAACCGGAACUUCUGGAUCCUCCGGCUGCCCCCUGGCAGCAAGGGCGAGGUCCCCAAGGAGUGGGGUAAGCUGGAGGACUGGCAGAAGGAGCUCUACAAGCAUGUGAUGAGGGGCAACUACGAGACACUGGUCUCCCUGGACUAUGCCAUCUCCAAACCGGAGGUCCUCUCCCAGAUUGAACAAGGCAAGGAGCCAUGCACCUGGCGUCGCACUGGCCCCAAGGUCCCGGAGGUUCCUGUGGACCCAAGUCCAGGCUCUGGAGCCCCAGUUCCUGCCCCUGACCUCCUGAUGCAAAUCAAGCAAGAAGGAGAGCUCCAGCUGCAGGAGCAGCAGGCUCUGGGUGUGGAAGCCUGGGCAGCCGGACAGCCAGAUAUUGGAGAAGAGCCGUGGGGCCUCAGCCAGCUGGACUCUGGAGCAGGAGACAUCUCCACAGAUGCUACCUCUGGUGUCCAUUCCAACUUUUCAACCACCAUCCCACCCACUUCCUGGCAAGCAGCUCUCCCUCCCCACCACCCCUCUUCAGCAUGCUCAGAUGGGACAUUGAAGCUCAGCACAGCAGCGUCCACAGAAGCAGAUGUAAAAAUUGUUAUCAAAACAGAAGUCCAGGAAGAGGAGGUGGUGGCCACCCCUGUGCAUCCCACCGACCUGGAGGCUCAUGGGACUUUGUUUGCACCAGGCCAAGCCACAAGAUUCUUCCCCAGUCCUGUCCAGGAAGGAGCCUGGGAAAGUCAAGGCAGUUCCUUCCCCAGCCAGGACCCAGUGCUGGGCCUGCGGGAGCCCACUCGGCCAGAGAGGGACAUAGGUGAGCUGAGUCCCGCCAUAGCACAGGAGGAGGCACCUGCUGGGGAUUGGCUCUUUGGCGGAGUCAGGUGGGGCUGGAAUUUCCGGUGUAAACCUCCAGUGGGCCUGAACCCGAGGACAGUGUCCGAGGGGCUCCCUUUCUCAUCUCCGGACAAUGGAGAGGCCAUCUUGGACCCCAGCCAGGCCCCAAGACCCUUCAAUGAUCCCUGCAAAUACCCCGGCCGGACAAAAGGCUUCGGCCACAAACCCGGGCAGAAGAAGCACCCGGCAGCACCACCCGGAGGCCGGCCCUUCACCUGUGCCACUUGCGGAAAGAGCUUCCAGCUGCAGGUGAGCCUGAGUGCACAUCAGCGCAGCUGCGGACUGUCCGACGGGGCGGCCACGGGGGCAGCUUCCACCGCUGCUGGAGGCGGAGGUGGCGGAGGCAGCAGCGGAGGUGGGAGCAGUGCACGGGACAGCAGCGCUCUCAGGUGUGGGGAGUGUGGCCGCUGCUUCACCCGCCCUGCACACCUCAUCCGCCACCGCAUGCUACACACUGGUGAGAGGCCCUUCCCCUGCACCGAGUGCGAGAAGCGCUUCACAGAGCGCUCCAAGCUCAUCGACCACUACCGAACGCACACGGGCGUGCGGCCCUUCACCUGCACAGUGUGUGGGAAGAGCUUCAUCCGCAAGGACCACCUCCGCAAGCACCAGCGCAACCACCCUGCAGUGGCCAAGGCGCCAGCCCACGGGCAGCCGCUCCCACCACUGCCGCCUCCUCCCGACCCCUUCAAGAGCCCCGCAGCCAAAGGACCCAUGGCCUCCACAGACCUUGUGACUGACUGGACUUGUGGCCUAAGUGUCCUGGGACCCAAUGAUGGUGGUGGAGACCUGUGAGGGCCCCAACCUUCCUGUGGCCCCUGCAGGCCACGAAUGUACAGUCCUGAGUGCAGAUAGCAGGAUGGCCUGAAAGCUCAGAAGCAAAAAGGGAGACAUGGCGGAGAACCAAAUUUCCAUGUUGCUGAACUGAUCACUGGAAAGAAGGCCUAUCAGUGCAGCCUCCACCUUGAAGUAGAAUUCCGACUGUGAAACUGAGCACCAUACUAGGAUCUUAAGUAAUUUAAUUACCCAAUUUUUUUUUGUUUUUUUUUUUUCUCUUUAAUUCUUGAGGAAAAAGCUGGAAAAGAGUAGCAACAACUAGUUAAUUUUUGAGGUGUGGCUUUCAGAGGUGUGUGUUCACCUUGUCUUACCAGUGUUGGAAAGAUGGGCAGUGGGAGAAGCAGGCAAGGGCACUCUAAGCCAUGGACCACACAGUCCUAUGGCAGGUUUAGUUCCAGUUCUGUUCAGGGAUGCUGGGGCCUAGACUGACAGCUUCCACUCAGCAGUAAGAACCCUACUAGAAGCAGCCCUUACCUUCUGAGGCCUGACUUUUUCCUGUUUUGAGCCAUCUGUGGUACCUGUCCAAGGUGGUUAACUUCCACUGUAGUAGUGACUCCUGGGCCUGGCUAAGAAGAUCAUAUGGAGCUGUAGUAGUGUUAGAUCUGAAGGAUGUUUAGCCCUUGAUCAUGAAGUCACAGAAAGCCAGGGCCAUUCAUCUUGGGCUAUCUCCAUUACCCAUGAUGCUUCUGUUGGCUGCCCAUUGUGUAGUAUGUUCGUUUUCAAAAUUGUUUCACUGGUUCCACCUCACAUCUCAUUCCACCAUUAGCCAUGACUUUAGAAAGCAGAUAGACAGGCAGUUCUUAGAGAAGAGGAAAUAAAGGGCUCAAAGGGGACACAGCCUCUCUCCAUGAGUACUGUGUGUUCUAGGAGCUGGGAAGAGCAGCAGCUGAUACCCACCCAGUUCUCUAGAACAAUGGUUUAGGGAAGGAACGGUUUUGAGAUCUUGUCCUCUUAAAAGAUUUGACCCACAUGCAUGGAUCGGAUCAUCAAGACAUGCAGAACUCCUGCCUCUGCAGCAAGCUGGCCAGCCCCCAGUCCCGGUGUGUGUGCUUACAUGUCAUUAGACAUGCAGGAGGUAGUCGGAUUGCCAAGUAACCGGGUAAUGGCUCUCAGGCCUGCCUGGAGUAUCUUCACAGUGGAAUUAGAGCUAGGUCCAAGUUUCUGUCAUAACAGUGCUGUCCCCACUACACAUAGCCAUUCCCAUUUUGUUAAAGUAGCCACUGGUCCUCUUGCCCAAAUGGGUAAUGACUCCCUGCAGAGGGCAGAGACCGUGGUGCCCAUUCAGCUCCUUCCUGCAUACUUUUAUUAGAAAUAGAUUAGUUAAAAUUGUUUCUAUGUACUGUAUAUUUUGUACCUGUUUACACUUCUAAUAUUGAUAUAACUGAUAUUUUGAAAAACAAAUUGAACAGAAAACAUUCUGUUAAAAUAAAAUCUAACCAGCACCAAG